GGGAAUAGUUACUACCAAUGGAGGUGUUUUAAGUUUACAUGCUGUGAUUCACUGCGAGGUCAUCGUUAAAUAACGGAGCUAUAUAACAUUAUUAAUCCUGACUUUUUGACAUCGAUUAAUCAAUUACAUCCGAAAGCUUUAGAUAGAGAACGAUAUUCGAGUUGGUGGCUCGAGCGCAUUACGCAAGACCGGAGGCGCACAGUCGCCUUUCAUUCAGAAGACGACAACUCUCAAACCGACACAGAGGGGGAUAUAAAGCAUUACUGCGGAAUACCAAGGAUUUGACCUGUUGCCAGAGCAUCAAACGAGAGCAAGAUUAGGAAUCUUGCCAAAAGCAAAAGCUCUUCUCUGUUAUGUCUGUCUCCUCUUUACCGGAAUGGAAACAACUCCUGCUGGAGCGAAAGAGGAGGGAGGAGGAGGAGCGAGAGAAGGGAGAAAAAGAGGAGGAGGCCAAACUCGCCAGCAUGCCUGCCUGGAAGCGAGGGAUCAUCCAGAGGAGGAGAAUGAAACAGGAGAGUUUCGGGGACAAGGAGAGAGAGAGCCCCCUCCAAGUCAAGGAGGGAAGGUCCCCUUCUGAUACUGUGAGUGACCCAGACAGCGCUACACUGGUGCAGCUGGAAGGUGAACCACCACUCAGCCCAGACAUUGCAGGGCCGUUGGAUGAAGAGGCUAAACCGCAGAGUCAGGUGUUAAGAGAGACCAUCACCCCUGUCCAACAAAACCCAUUCAUUCGCACACAUGGCGGAUGGAGAAGGGGAAGAGAAGCAGAGAGGGCUGGGGAGAUGGGCCAUGAGAAAGGGAAUGAGCAGGAAAUAGAAGUAGGGAGAGGGAGGGAAAAGGAGAAAGAAAGAGGCCACAUCAAAGGUCAUGACGGGGAGUCUGGGAGGGGAAGAGAUACAGAAUUAAAAAUAGAGCGAUACAGGGACAGGAGUGGGGGCAGAGAAAGGGAUAGAAGUGCCGGGAGAGAGACGAGCCGGGAUACUGUGAGAGACAGGGAAAGGGAAUGCCCGAGAGGGAGAAAGGAGGAGGAGAGGGAGGAGGUAGACUCAGAUACUCCAAGCCCCAAGUUCCCCCAUCCACUAGUCCCAGGCCUUCGCACCAUCAGAGCAGACAACAUCAUCAUUAUUGAACAGGACAGAAAGGGAAGUGAUGAAAGGAGGGGUAGAAGGAGAGAGUGGCAGAGGGAGGUGAUGGAAGAGGAGCAGGAAAAGAGAGAUGUAAAGAUGGACCUCAAGGAGUUUCUAUCUGGUGGAGGGAGUGUCACGGAGAUCCGAGCAUCAGAAGUAUUGAUCAUUAAACCCUUAGCUGGCACUGAGGACUGCAGAAGUGGAGGUCUAAAGGGGACAGGCAGGGAAGGAGAUGGCGAAAGAAGGAGAGAAGCAAAGUGCAAUAAAGAUGGAAGAAAGGACUGUGAGAGGGGGCUGGAGAGAGAGGUGGCGUGGCAGAUGAUGAAAGAUAAAGAGAGGGAGAACUUGAGGGAGAAAUACCGACCACUGACACAAGCAGCUUCAGAAAAAGAGGAUAGGAGAUGUGGUGACACAGAUGACAGUAUCCACAAUGAGAGAAGAGUUAGGGUGAGUGAGCUGCUGAGUAAAUUUGGGGAACAUACAAAGAAAUUCAGGGAACAUCCAAAGCCCCCGUCCCGGUCUAAAAGCUCAGAUUGUUUCAGCCGGCCUGGCAGGGACAGAGAAAAGUUUGGUCUGGACGAGGACGAUGAUGGAGACUGGAGAGGGGAGGAGAAACAUGCAGGAUUCAGGGGUGUGGCCAAGCGGUCAUUCAGCUUCUCUGACCAGGUGAUAUGCACCAAGGAGAAUGGCAUGCAGGAUGAGGGGAACAAUGAUAGGAAGAAGGUGGAGAGGACAUAUUCAGAUAGGAGGGUGGCACCUAGGGGAGAUGUAGUGGAGGGGGAAUGGUCAGAGAGGGGAGGCAAGCAGGGGGGCUGGACCCGGCUUUCAGAUAAAGAGCGGAAUUAG